AUGGCUGCUGUUCCCAACGUCCUUGUCACCGGCUCGGCCGGUCACCUUGGCUGCGCUCUCAUGCUGUCGCUUGCCUCUCACGGCCACACCCCCAUCGGCAUUGACAUGCUCGCCGCGGCCACGACGACGCACGUUGGAUCGAUCGCCGACCGCCCCUUUGUCGCCUCCAUCUUCGCCCGCUACCCCUCCAUCAAGCAUGUCCUCCACGCCGCGACGCUGCACAAGCCGCACGUCGACUCGCACACCAAGACCGACUUUGUCAACGUCAACAUGACCGGAACCCUGAAUCUCCUUGAAGAAGCCUCGGCCCGCGGCCCGCAGAUCGAGUCCUUCGUCUUCAUCUCGACAACGUCCACCUUUGGCAGGGCUUUGAGCCCCCAAAAGGGCAGCCCCGUCGCCUGGAUUGACGAGGCCGUCAUUCCGAUCCCCAAGAACAUCUACGGCGUCACAAAGGUCGCCGCCGAGGAUCUCUGCCGGCUGGUCCACGCACAGACGCGCAUGCCCGUCCUCGUGCUGCGCACGAGCCGCUUCUUCCCCGAACAGGACGACGACGAGGACAGACGCAGCGCCAUGGACGACGAGAACCUCAAGGUCCUCGAGCUGGCGUAUCGGCGCGUCGACAUUUCUGAUGUCGUGUCCGCCUGCGUUUGCGCCAUGGCGAGAGCACGGGAUUUGGGGUGGGGGAAGUACAUCAUCAGCUCGCCGCCUCCGUUCCGUCGCGAUGAGGAGACGCUGAGGGAAUUGGAUGCUGAUGCCGGGGCUGCCUACAGAGCUGCGGUGCCGGGGAUUGAGGCCGCGUUUGGGAGACGGGGCUGGGGGUUCUUGCCGAGGAUUGAUCGUGUGUAUGAUUCUUCCAGGGCGGUGGCCGAGCUAGGGUGGAAGCCUGAGUAUACGAUACAAAAGACGGUUGAGCGUCUGGCCAGAGAUGAGGAGUGGAGAAGCGAGUUGACUUUCAAGGUUGGGAAAAGAGGGUAUCACGCCGUGCCAACGGGGGUGUAUACCACCCGUUGA